CGGAAAUACUAAUCACAAAUUGUGUUUGUAUGAGGGCAGACAAAUUCAUCGGAAAUGAACACUCGAGGCCUCCGCUCCCAGUUGAAGGACAGUGUCCCUGUUACAGGCUUUAGUCCACAGGCAGGAUCCUAUGGUGUCCCAGACACACUGCGCAGAGGGUUUUCCAGUGUUAAGAAUGAGCUACUCCCCAGUCAUCCACUAGAGCUGUCAGAGAAAAACUUUCAGCUAAACCAGGACAAGAUGAACUUUUCCACCCUCAGGAGCAUCCAAGGUCUGCAUGCCCCACUCAAACUACAAAUGGAGUACAGAGCAGCCAGACAGAUCCAGCGUUUGCCUUUCCUGCAAAGCUCUAACCUGGCUCUGGACACACUGAGAGGUAAUGAUGAGACCAUCGGCUUUGAGGACAUUCUCAAUGAUCCUGCUCAAAGUGAAAUGAUGGGAGAGCCUCACAUUAUGACGGAAUUCAAGCUGGGUCUGCUCUCAUGAGGAUUAUUUCCUUCCAUUAAUUGGAUUUCUAUCUAUCUAUUAGAUUUUGGGUGUGUUCCUUUAGCACAUGAUGCAGCUCAGGUGAACUGGAUUUACAGAUACACACUUUUAAACAUAAUAGACAAAGGAGUGGGAAAUCUGCUCACAUAGGGUGCAUCAAGUGCUGGAGUGAACUCACCACAUUGUCCUGAUGUGCAUUGUUUAAAUUCCUGUAUUUCUAGUAAAAUUGAUAAACAUU